AUGCGGGGGAGGCGGGUGGACGGGGGGAGGGGACAGUUUGGUGGAGGGCCGGGGGGGCGAGAGAGGGGGGGGUGGGUGGGGGGGGUGGGAUGGUGGGGGGGUAGGCAGGGGGGAGACGAGGCCGAGGGUGCGGAGUGCUGUGGGGGGGGGGGGAGCGGGGGGGGUGGGGCUCGGUUGGGGGGGGAGGGAGGGGGGGGGAGGGGGGGCAGGGGAUGGGGAUGUGGUGGUGGGGGGGGGGGGCAGGAGGGGGGCGGGGGGGGUGGGGCCGAGGGAGAAGGGGGGCUGCGGGGGGGGAGCAGGGUGACGGUUGGGGGAGGUGGGCGGGAGGGAAGCAGGAGAGGUUGGGGGGGGCGGGCUGGGGGGUGGGGGGUAGGGGCGGUGGGGUUGCAAGAGUGGGGGGUUGGCGGUGGGGGGAGGGUAGGGGGGGAGGAAGGGGAGGAUAACGGGUGGCAGGGCGGGGAGGGGGGGGCAAGAGGGGGGGAGGAGGGGGGUAAUGGCGGGGGGAGGGGGGCGGGGGGGGGGGGGGGGGUGGUGGGGGGUGGAGGAGUGGGGGGGGGCGGGAGCGUGGGGGGGGCGGUUGGGGGAGCGCCGAGGGUGGGGGGCAGGGGGGGGGAGGGGGGGGGAGGGUGCGGUGGGCUAGCGGGGGGUGUCAGGGGCGGGGUGGGGGGAGGUGUGCUAUGGGGAGGGGGGGGGGGGGGUGAGGGGCGUGGGAGUGGGGUUGGGGUGGGAGGGGGGCGGGGCGGUGGGGGGGGGAGGGGUGGGGGGGGGGGGGUGUCCCCCCUCCCACCCCAACAACCCCCCCCCCACCACCCCCAACACCCAACCCCCCCCCACCCCUCAACCUGCGGGGCAGGGGGGGAGUGGCCGGGGGGGGUGGCGUGCGGGGGAGGCGUGGGGGACGGACGCGGGGGGGUGGGAGGAAUGAGGCGAAGGGAGGGGAGCGAGGAGGGGGUGGGGUGGGGGCGUGGGGGAGGGGGGGGCGGGGGUGGGGGGGGACCGGGGGCGCAGGGCGGGGGGGGGAGCGAGAGGGGUAGCGGUCGCGGGGGAGGGGGGUGGUGGGGCGGCAAGUGGAGGGGGGCAGCGCGGGGGGGGGGGGGGUGGGGGGGGGGGGGCGGGGGGGGCGGGGGGGGGCGGAGGGGGGGGGGGGGAGGGGGCAGGAGUGGGCGCGGGGGGAAGGGGGGGGGGGGCGUGGCGGGUGGAGGGGGGAUGGGGGAGGGGGGUGGGUGGGGGGGGGGGGGGGGGCCAGAGGCGGGGGGGGCGCGGGGGGGGUGGGGGGGUAGGGGGUCAGGGGGGGGCGGCGGAGUACGUGGGUGCGCGUGGGGCGGGGGGGGGUGUCGGGGGGGGGAGGUGGUCAGGCGUGUGGGGGAGAGAGGGAGGGGGGGCAGGGGGGAGGGGGGUGAAGGGCGGGACGCCGGGGGGGCGGGGGCGGGCGGGGGAGGUGGGUGCGGGCGGGGGAGUGUGGGGGUGGAGGGGGUGGUGGGGGGGGGUGCGGGGACGGGGGGGACGGAGAGGGGGGGGUUGAGGCGAGCGGGUCGGGGGAUAGUGGUGCCGAGGGGGGGGGGGUUGGGAAGCGUGGGCGGGGGAUGGGGUCGAGGGCUGGCGAGCGGGGCGGGGUGUGGCGGGGUGCGGAGUCGGAGUGGUGCGGUGGGUAGGCGGGGGGUGGGGGGCGCGGGUCCGGGGUGGGGGGGGGGGCCGAGGGCAAGCGGGGAGGGGGGCUGCGGGGGGUUGAGGAGGCGGACGGCGAGCGGGGAGGGGGCGAGGGCGGGGGCGGAGGUGGGGGUUAGUGGAAGGGGCGGCGGUGGAGGGGGGGAAGAGGGGGGGGCGGGGGGGCGUGGGCGGCCCGGGCGGGGGGGGGGGGGGGGGGGAGGGGGGGGGUUGGGUGCGCUUGGGGGGGGGCGGGGGGUGGGGGGGACGGGGGUGGUGGGAGUAGAGCCGCGCGGGGGGGCGUGGGAGGGUGCAGCGGCGGGGGGGCCGGCGGGGGGGGGAGGGGAGCGCGGGGAGCGGGAGGGGAAGGGGAGAAGGAAGGCGGGGAUCCGGGGGGGGUCGGUGGGUGAGGUGUCGUGUGUGGGGGGGUUUGGAAGGGGUAGGGGGGCCAGGGGUUGGGCACGCGGGAGGGAGGGGGGCGGGGGGGGGGCUGGCGGGGCGGGGGGCGCGGGUGAGGCAGGGUGGGGUGGGGUGGGUUUGGGCGAUGAGGGGGCGGGAGGGGAGGGGGGAGUAGUGGGGGGGGGGGGGGGGGUGGGGGGGGGCGGGUGGGGGGCGGGGGGGGCGGAGGAGUUGGGGUGGGGAGGGGAAGGCGACGCACGGAUCGGGGGGGGGGGCGGUGGGGGGGGGGAGGGGCGGGGGGGGGGGAGGGAUGUAGGGGGGGCGAGGGGGGUAGGGGGGGGGUGGGGGGGGGGGGAGGGCGGUAGAGGGGGGGGUUGGGGGGUGGGGGGGCGGCGGGGGGGUAGGGGGGGGGGGGGGGGGUGGGGUUUGGGGGGGGGGCGGUGGUGUUGGGGGGGGCGGAUGGGGGGUGGGGGGGGCGGUUGGGGCGGGGUGGGGGCGGGCGGGGGGGGGGGGGGGGCGGACGGAGGGGGUGGUGGGGUGGGGGUUGGGGGGGGGGGCCGGGGGGGUCGAGGGGGGGGAGCGGAGGGGGGAGGUGGGGGGAGGGGGGGGGUGGGGGGGGCGGGAGGGGGCGGGGGGGGGGGGGGGCCGAGGAAGGAAGGGCUGAGUGGGCGGGCGUGGUGGGGGAAGUCGGUGGCUAUGGGCGGGGGGGGGGGGGAGAGGGAGGCGCGGGGUCAUGGGGGGGGAGGUGGGGUGGGUGGGUGGGGGGGGGCGUGGGGGGGGAGGGGGGUGGGGGGGGGAACGGGGUAUGCGGGCGGUGGAGGGAGGGGGCGGGGGAGGGGGGGGUGGGAUGGGGGGGGCGGGUGGGGGGAGGGGGCAGAGGGCAAGGGGGAGGGGGGGGGGGGUGGGGGUGGGCGCGUGGGGAGGGGGCGGGCGGGUGGAGGGAGGGAGGUGGGCGGGCAGCAGGAGGGGGGGUCCGGUGAGGGGUGGGGGGGGGGCGGCGGGGGGGUGGGGGUUGGGAAGCGAACGACGGGAGGGGGGGGGGACAGGGGGGGGGUUGGGGGGGGGGGGCAAGGCGGGGGGGGGGGGGGGGUGGGUGGCGGAGAGGUGGGAAUGACGGGGGGUGGCGGGGGGUGUGAGGGGGGGGUGCGGGGGGGUGGGUGUGGGGGUGGGCGACUGGGCGCGUGGGGGGGGGGGGGGCGAGCGGGGGAGGUGGGGGGCGGGGUGGGGGGGGGGGAGGGGGGGUGGGUGGGGGAGUGGGGGGGGAUUGAGGGGCAGGGGGGGGGGUUGGUUGUGGGAGGGGGGCGGGGAGUCGGGUGUGGUGGGGGCGGGGGGGGGGGGGCGGUGGCGGACUGGCGAGGGGGGGAGGAGGCGGGGAGGGGGGGGGGGGGGGGGGGGAGGGGGGGGGGGGAUGGGGGGGUGGGGGGGGGGGGAGUGGGGGGGCAGGGGGGGGGGGUGAGGAGGCGGGGGGUGGGAUGUGGGGGGGGCGUCGGGGGGAGGGGCGGGUGGGUGACGCAGGGGGGGUCUGCAGAAGAAGUGAGGGGGGGGGAACACCGGGGCGAGCGAGGGAGGGUGUGGGUGGGCAGCGGGGGAUGGGGGUGUGGGGGGGGGGGGGGUUGGGUUCGGGCUGGGGUGGGGGGGGGGGGGCGAGGGGGGAGCGCUGGGGGGGGAGGGGGUUGGGCGGGUGGAGAGGGGGGGGGGGGGGGGCGGGGGGGGGUGGGGGCUAGUGGGGGGGGUGAGGGAAGUAGGGGGGGGGGGGGGGGGGGGGGGAGGGGCGGCUGCAGGGGGGGCCGGGGGGGGGCGGGGGAGUCGGAAGGGAGGGGGAGGCGGGGGGUGAGGGGGGGGGCUGGGAGUGGGGGGCAGGGGGGGGGCGGUCGGGGCGUGGGGGGGAGGGAGGGACGGGGGGAAGGAGAGAGGGGAGGGGGGGGGGGGGGGGGAGACGGGGUGUGGGGGGAUUGGGGGGCGGGGUAG